AUGUGGGAUGAAAUCCAAAAAAUAAUAGCAGAUUCCGAAAACAAUCUGUUUUCAGCAUCCGGGGAUGAGUACGUAUAUUCACAGGAAAUUUUAAACGAAGGUAUAAGAUUACCAGCUCCUAAUAAACGAGGAAAUGAAAUCGAAAGAGACGUUUCUAAACGUAAAAAGGCAAGAAAGAAUGAUCUUCAACCAAGAAACGGAAGGUCUUCCUACGAGUCUCUUCUCUCUUAUGAUAAGAGUAACAAAGAACAUGAUGAAGACGAUAUGGAAAUUAAAUUUGACCUAACAAGUUUUUCAACCGAAUUACAACGUGAACCGAUAGUCAAACAUCUUUUUCUUAUUAUACUUGGAGCUUUAUCAUCGAUUAUUGUCCUCUCCUUGACAUGUCCGUAUCCCUCCUUGUUUACAAUUCAAGAGUGGAAAGAAGUUACAAAAAAUAAUCCUUUUGCUGUUCAAGAAUCCUCACUUUCACCAGACAUUUUGUCAUCUCUUAAUGAAGCAUCGUUUAACCAUUUUCUCGGCAUGGACACAUUUAUGGAAGGUGGAAAAUCGAAACUAAGUAGAAUAGCUGCACGAUCGUUUAAUGACUUGUAG